AUGACGUUCAAAGGCACCGUUGCAGUUGAGGAGGCAGUCAUCAGCCCCGAUACCGCAUGGCUACUCGAGGAGUCACAGCAAAUAUUGACUCCUGGAAAUUCUGGAAAGCAGGCGAUUGAGGCUCAUAAAGCCCGUCUUCUGGAUAUUCACGGGUCGCGUCUGGACACGAUGAACGCCGAGGGUGUCGAGUACAUGUUACUGUCCCUUACGUCGCCGGGAUGCCAAGGCAUCCCUGAUCAGAAGCUGGCUGAGAAAACAGCCACCGAAUUUAAUGACUGGCUGGCAGGUGAAGUUUCAAAAAAUCCAAGCCGCUUUGGUGGGCUCGCCGCGAUUUCCAUGCACGACCCAUCCCAAGCGGCAUCCGAGUUAGAGCGGGCAGUGAAGAAGCUAGGGUUCUACGGUGGGAUCGUGAAUGACUACCAACUCACCGGACCGGAUGGCCUAGAAAAAGUAUACUAUGACACCGCAUUUUACGAUCCUUUUUGGAAAAUGGUUCAGGAUCUUGACGUGCCUGUGUAUUUUCAUCCUCGAUAUCCGUCUGCGAAGGAGCUUCAAACCGAGAGUUCUGUCUACGGUUCUCGCAUGCAUUUAUUGGGAGCAGGAGUCCAGUUUCAUCUGGAUCUUUCCUUCCACGUUUAUGCAAUGUGUUCAUCUGGUGUUUUCGAUCGGUUUCCUGGAUUAAAGAUUGUAGUUGGUCAUUUGGGAGAGAACAUUCCAUUCAAUCUGUGGAGAGCAUGCCACUGGUACAACAAGCCUAGUAAGAAGGUAGCCCGGCCAUCACAGCAUGACUACAAGUAUUAUUUCCAGCACAAUGUAUUCAUCACAACGUCGGGAAACUUUUCGACGCCCGGAUUGAAGUUUUGUGUUGAAGAAAUUGGUGCAGAUCGGUGUCUAUUUUCAAUUGAUACUCCCUAUGAUCAGAUUCAAGAAGCUCAGGAAUGGUGGAGAAGUGUCGACAUAGAAGCUGAGACAAAGGAGAUGAUCGCUAGAAGGAACGCUAUUAAAGUUUUCAAGCUUCCGUUGCAGGCUUGA